AUGUGCAAGAAAUCAUUAGCAAACAUUCUUCUUGCAAUUCUAUUUGCAACCAUGAAUCUGGGUAUAUUUGUGGCUGCAGUUGAUCCACCAGCAGCAGCAGGAGGAGGAGGAGGNAAAACAGUGAUCAAAGAGUUUUCUCAUGGCAUUCAAAAUGUUCGAGAAAUCAUUAGCAAACAUUCUUCUUGCAAUUCUAUUUGCAACCAUGAAUGUGGGAGGCAGCAACCCGACUGCUCGGCCGAUCACUGGCUUGUUAGGCAACAUCUACAGUGGGCAAGUGCCCUUCGCAAGGCCUCUCGGGUUUGCGAAAGAUGGUGUAGCCAUUCCAAAUGCCAAUGUGCUAUCCCGAUUGUAAAUGCCAAUGGCGUACCUUUAUGGACUGGCUUAGCGGGUACAACUUUUGCCGGUAUCCCCAAUGGCUCAAACAACAAUGGUAAAACAAUCAACACACAGUUAGGCCCUGAUGGCAUGGGUCUUGGCUUUGGCACGAUUACUGUCAUUGAUGAUUUCUUGACCUUGGCUCCUGAGUUGGGGUCGCAGCAACUCGGGAAAGCGCAGGGGGUUUAUGUCGCAAGCUCUGCUGAUGGAUCGACUCAGAUGAUGGCAUUUACAGCUGUGAUGGAAGGAGGGGAAUAUGGUGACAGCCUUAACUUUUUUGGAGUGUACAAGAUUGGAAGUACCAUGUCUCGCCUGUCCAUUACAGGGGGUACCGGUAAAUUUAAGAAUGCAUCUGGAUUUGCAGAGUUGCGAUCACUCAUUCCAGCAGGUCAGCAUGUCCUUGAUGGUGUUGAGGCAUUGCUAAGGAUCACAGUUCAUCUUACUUACUGA